GCUGGACAACAGAGGCUCUUGAGCGGGUGGCGGGUGUUGGUGUACUGCUGAUGGUGUGCUGUAAAGACAUAUAUUCAUUAUUUACUAAAAGAUGGCUGGCAAUCGCCUGGAGAAGAUAGGGACGAUAUAUACAAGAGCUACUGGGUUACUGAAGUCAGGAGCUAUGAAGCCACAAGAUAAACCAUUGUGGUAUGAUGUGUAUGAAGCUUUCCCUCCCAAGCAUGAGCCACGCUUUGACAGGCAGCCUCCAGAGACAAAGAUUCGGCAGAUAUUUUACCCUGAGGAUGUUAUAAGAGCAAAUUUUUACAAGAAAUAUGGAUCUUAUGGAACAGCUCAGUUAUUAGACAGUAAUCCUCGGCCCACUGUGUGCCAGCUGUUUGUAAAGGAAUAUGAGCGCCUGCAAGCUGAUGGCAGUAUCCCACAAGACCAAAUAAUGCAGGAGUCUGCACUAGCUCUGGAGGCUCGAGGAAUUUAUCUUGAUAGAUCUCGUGCUCCUCUCAAGACUGAUACACCACCACCGGAGGAAGUAGAGGAACAGGUCUCUUCCGCGGACACUCCACCACAGAAGAUGGGGAAAUUACGUCUUGUCGAAAUUUUCAAGGAGAGCCAAGAAGGAAAAGAAGAAUUCAAAUAACAGUGAAAUCAUGGUUUAUAUUUAUUACUGUAAAUAAAUUUCGUAGUUUGAUUUUA